ACAAUUCCCACUCUCAUCUCAUCUCAUCUCCCAAUCUCUCUCUGUUUUGUCAGCAUUUUAAAAAUUUUUGUUUCUUAUUUUUUUAAUUUAUUAUUAUUAUUGUUGUUGUUUGAGUGAUGGCUGAAAUGGCAAAUACCCACAUUGUAGAAAUCCCAGUAGAUGAAGAACAUCAACACAAGCUCUCAUCUGCUUUAACCACAAUUACUGCAAUCCAAAACCAUCCAUUGAUGGAAAUCUCUCAAAGUCCAGGCCAUCUUUUACUUCUCAAAUUAUGGCAAAGAGAAGAAGAUCUUUUCAAUCGUAAAAUUGCAGUUAAAGCAUCAAGACUAGAUUCCAUCAAAACACAAAUCUUCCAACUCUCUUGUUUCUUCCUUGUCUUCCAUGGCUUAUUCUUCAACGUCUUGUUUACAUCAUCCGUUGGUGUUAGACAACACCAUACUUGUAAGAAAUGGUGGAUACCAUCCAUUGUUUCGCUUUCGACUUCACUUGUGUUUGUGUUUUUGGUUCAGGUUAAGCUUUGUAGGUAUUGGAAAGUAGGGAAGCAAUUGCAGAGGGAACGAAAUGAUAACCGAGCUCUUACUAGGUGUAUUCAAGAAUUGAGGAUGAAAGGCGAAAGCUUUGAUUUAUCAAAAGAGCCUCAUAUUGGGAAGAGGAUGAAGAGUUCCAGUGUUGAAAUUAAAUGGAAGCCAUUAACAUGGUGUUCUCAGUAUUUGGUUACUAUUGUUAUUGUUUGUAUCUCGGCUUUGGUUUUCCCAUUCUGCAAGUUCAUGCUCUGUGGAUUCUGAUAAGAUGAUUGGAUGGAGGAUGCUAAUGGAGGUAUUUGAUUGGGGAUGAAGCAUCUUGGUCCGAUAAACCUUUUACAUCACCAACAGAUAAAAGAAGCCGUCGUCUGCCGCUCAUACGGAGGCGACCUGAGAUCUCGUAUUGUACUAUCUAAGAGAUGCUUUGCUUUUCUGAGAUCUUCAAUGGCGACACCACUUGUGUGCUCAAUUUUAGUUGUACAACAAGUUCUUUCUAUUAAACUCAAAUAAUAAAAUUCUUUCAUUCUUUUAUUAUUUCUUAAA